UACUAUAACAGCGACGAAGACUUGGCGACGAGCGAUGAGCCGCCGGCCAAACGGUGCCGAGAAGUGCCCACUUUUACUCAGCAAUACAUUCAAUCCAUUGAUGACAACAAUUUUAAAUUCAGUACAAAUGAUGACUUCUAUACCGCUUUCGAGACCCACGACAACAAUCUUAAGCCCAGUCUUAAGCCGACUCCUAAGCCGAAGAAGAGUUGGGAAUACAAAUACGACAAUCCAUUCAUUCGGAAAGAGCCGUUAUUCACGUGUAAGGAAAGCCAAUCCAUUGAUCCAAUGAAUUACUCUUACGAUGCAAUCAAUGAGACAACUCGUGAGUCGCAGAUGACUGAACAGAUGCCCACAUUUACUCAACAAUACAUUCAAUCCAUCGAUGACUUGGACUACAAGUUCAGUGAUAUUAAAUACGACUACGAAUACGAAGAACCGGUGAAUGAAAGCCAAACAUCGGAUAUUGAAAAUCAAGCGAUAAAUGUAUGCGAUAUUGAUGUCAAUAAUUGUGGUUCACUUCAGAUUGUGAACCGACACAAGUGGACAAACACUGACUAUUGGAUUGGGACGGGAAUUACGCUGAAAGAUAUGCCGCAACACAAACGCAGCAGGUGGUCAGGCCUAGUGUUCGGUCACUUGCAGUUCCAGAACACGAACGGAGUGCUCACCGAUUGUCUCACUUCGCCGAAUGGCAUCGCAAUCCCGAACGACACCGAAAGACUCUCCCGAAUGCAGUCCAACGCCAUAUUCGUGUUGAUUGUGGAAAAGGACGCCACUUUCCAACAGCUCAUCGAUCUUAAGAUUCACCUGAAAUACCCAUUGAUUAUGGUGACGGGUCACGGCUAUCCGGACAUGAAUACGCGCGCAUUCAUUCACAUUCUGUGGAACACAUUCUCGAUCCCGAUCUUCGGUUUGGUGGACGGCGACGCUCACGGCCUCGAGAUUCUGUGCACUUUCAGACACGGCUCACUCGCGCUGUCGUACGAGUCGCCGAAUCUGGUGGUGCCGGCCAUCAAAUGGCUGGGAAUCCUGCCGACAGACAUCCGCGACUACCGCCUCAGUCCUAACGUUCAAAUACCACUCAAAGCCAAUGACAUCAAGAAGAUUGAGGACUUGAAGAAACGCAAAUACAUGUUAGACAACAUUGAAUGGACAAAACAACUCAAUAAGGACGAAUUUUAG